AUGCCUCCAAAGCGAAAGCGUUCCGGCGCCCCAGAUGGCGGGCGACCUUCACCCCAUCGGCCUGGUGACACGGGUCUCGGACAGCAUGACAGAGAAGAUAACGGCGGUAGAAGCCGUGGUCGAGGUAAUCAAAGAGGUGGUUUUAAUAACCGACGCGACUCGUCGCAACAUAGUCACAGGGGCUCUCGCAACCAAUCCCAGAACGGCUCACCAGUCAUGGCACGAUCAACCCUUCCACUGCAGGCCGUGUCUCCCACCAUGGGGCGAUCCAACUCGGCCUCACAAUCAAUGCCACCUCCACCGACAUCGCCACCUCCAUCUUUAUCGCUCGGACAGCCAGUCAUGAAGACUCCAACCCCGGCUACAGAAUCGACAGCCGAUCCCAACGCAUCCAAGCUUUCUGCGGUCGAAUACCGAUACAACACCUUAACAGACGAGAUUCUCCGUGAAUGGACCGAACGAGGUCGAACAGAAGUCAUCGAACAUGGUUGUCAGUCGCGUGAGGACGAGGAUAUCACAGAACUGUCUAGCGUCUUCCAGGAAUUUAUUCACUCCGUCAUCACUGGCAGGCUGGAUCCUACUGAUGCAGGAGCUUGCGUAAAAGAAAUUCUGGGCGAACAGCCUAGCGAAGAGUCUGCGGAUGGCGAUUCUUUCGCAAACCACUCGCUCUUCUUGGACUCCCUUUCGAUAAUCUUGGAAAUCGGCGCCAAUGAGUAUCAGCCAUCGCUCGCAGACUUUCUCAAGGCAACCGGAAUUCCUGUAUCACUCAUGCGACAAGUCUUGGAAGGCCCAGUAUUGACUCAGCUUGGUCUAGUCCGUACAAUCUUCCAGAGAACUUUGGUCAGACAUACCACCAACCUACUCUACCGACAAUCCAACUUCAACCUCCUCCGUGAGGAGACAGAGGGCUACUCGAAAUUGAUCACCGAGCUUUAUACAACCAGCGAUGUUCUUCCCGUUGACAUGGCUGUGCAGACAUUCGAAAAAAUCAAAGGUCUGAUUGGAACCUUUGAUUUGGACGUCGGUCGUGUGCUCGACGUGACCCUGGACGUGGCCGCCGCAGUUUUGGUCAAACAGUUUCGAUUCUUCGUGAAACUGCUGCGAGUUAGUUCUUGGUGGCCACGCUCGCAUUUGAAAGCCUCAGACACUGGGUUUAUUGGCGGCCUCCCCACCUGGGCCACUCCCGGAUACCCUGACUGGAAUACCACAGAGGAGGAUGAAGCGAAGAAUGCACAGUCGAGACUAGCCCGAGAUAUUGCGUUUUGGGAUCGAGCCCGCGAGGUUCAGCUCCAGGCCUUCUUCGAAUUAGGUGGAAGACGACCCUCGCCUUCAUCCGAACGUGAUCUGGCAACUACGAACGGGGAUGGUGGUGAAGAGGCCGUGCUUGAUUCCCAGAUGGAAUGGUUGAAGGCAACCAAGACAAUGCCACCGGUUGGUAACCGCGUUGCCGCUCAAUUACUUGGCUUCAAGCUUCUGUUCUAUUACUCGGACACCAGAGACCCCUCCGACGUGCUCCCUGCCAACCUCCUCUAUCUGGCUGCUCUUCUAAUCAAAAUCGGAUUCAUCUCUCUUGCUGAUCUCUGGCCGCACUUGUCUCCAGCCGAUGACAACAUGGACAAAGUCCGCGACCAGAAGCUCAAAGAGAUGGAAGAGAAGGAGAGGAAGGUUCGUGGAGGUGGCCAGAUGAAUGCGCUGCUCAUGGCUGGUGCAUUGCCUCAAGAUGACGAUGGACCACCCUCAGCACCAGCGCGAAGGGACGCAAAACGGCCAGAAGCCGAGCCCAAACCGGAUGUCAAGAAGGCGAACGAUCCCAAGUCAGACGAUCCGCAUGAGCAAAAAGUGACGCUUCUUACUCAACUCCUUACUAUUGGAGCUAUACCCGAGGCUUUGUUCAUCCUCGGCCGUUUCCCUUGGAUCCCGGAGGCUGUCCCCGACGUUAUUGACGGGAUACACCGCAUCCUUCAUGUCUCUUUAGAAAAGGUGUACAGUGAUAGCUGCCCUAUUAAGGCAAUACCAACAGACUGCCCUACGAAACGAGUUCCCGACACCGACCAAAAUGGCGUGCCCAAGGGUACCGUCAAGCUCACAUCUCUGACAACUAAAAAGAUUCUUCGAUGGCCUACCCCCGACAAGAACGACCAUAACGAGACGCAAGAUUACCACUAUUAUUGGGACGAGUGGACCGAUAACGUCCCUGUGUGCCAAAGUGUGGAUGACGUCUUCACCUUAUGUGACACCUUCCUCAACCUGUCAGGUGUAAACAUUGGCAAGGAUGAGGCUCUGCUAUCCAAAUUAGCCACAAUCGGUUCGAAGAGCUUACAUGAUGAUUCAUCAGAAAAUAAUCUGAAUCGCUGGCACAGCCUGCUUCGAAGAUUGUUGGUACCUGCUUUGAGUCAUACCAAGGCUAAUGGUUCUGCCGUCAACGCAGUUUGGGCUCUGUUGAAGCAUUAUCCAAUCCAAACCAGGUACUCUAUUUACUCUGAGUGGUUCGAGGGCCAAGUUUCGCGUAUCCCUGCCAUGCAAAAGGCCUUUGCGCGGGCCAAGUCAGAGACUCAGGCAACCAUGAAACGAGUUUCAUUGACAAACCUGGGUGAAAUGGCCAAGAGACUUGCAAAGACAAGUUUGUCUUCUCCUGGAAUUGUCUUCAGAGUUGCUUUCGAGCAGCUUGAAUCCUAUCCCAACCUGAUCGAGGCCUUCGUUGAAUGUGCUAAAUACUUCACUGAAUUAUCGCAAGAAGUCCUUGUCUGGUCAUUGGUGAAUUCUCUCGGAAAAUCUCGAAGUCGUACUCAAGCAGACCACGCCCUUACAACUAGCAAAUGGCUAUCAGCCCUUUCCAGGUUCACGGGCAAAGUUUUUCGUCGAUAUGCUACGCUCAGCCCAACACCGGUUCUUCAAUAUAUGAACAAGCAACUCUCUCAGGGAAACUCAACGGAUUUGAUCAUUCUCAAAGAAUUGAUUUCCUCAAUGGGCGGUAUUGUCGACACAGCCGAUUUUACCGACUAUCAAAUCCUAUCCAUGGCUGGUGGAGAGGUGCUUCGCCGCUACACUCUGAUUCGAGGCCAGGAUCGACGGUUCGACAAUGUUAGAAGCUCUCACCGUUUGGCAAAGGCUCUCACCGAAUCAAAACUCGCUGGUUUGGUAUUGGUCAAUCUUGCUCAAUUCCGACAGGCAGCGAUUUUCCAGGUGCCAGAAGAUGAGGCACACAUCAAGUAUCUAUCCUCUCUCAUUGACGAUACCCAUCAAAUAUUGAUACAGUACCUUGAUUUCCUCUGGACCAAUCUCGACGCAACCGCAUACGAAGCAGCUGUGCCACUGAUUCCUCAACUCAUGAAUUCUUUCGGCCUAGACGCCAGCUUGUCCUUCCUCAUUGGCAGAGCCAGUUUCUCUUCCAAGAUGUUCCCCCCAGUGCCAAGAAAAUCGGCCGAGGGAAAGGCUAUAGAAAAGGGGUCCGAGGUUGAUAAGGAUGGUGAUGCAAAGAUGGCCGAGCCCACUGGAACUUCGAAGCAAGAUUCUUCCUCCAAAGAGAAGGAUAAAGCCGCUAUGGAAGAAGAGAAGCGAAUUGCCGACUCGGCUCAGAUCCAAGCCAUGCUUCAGCCAACGGUUGAAGCAGCACGCGAGAAUUUGUCAACUGAUGUAUGGGAAAAGUUUACGCCAGAACUCUACGUCACAUUCUGGGCACUCCAGCUUGGUGAUAUAUUCUGCCCCGAUAAGAGUUACAAAGCUGAGAUUACCCGGGUCAAGAAUGAAGAGCUCGCUCUCUCCAGGGACCGUUCGAGUAUGAACCACAAGAAUCAAGAACGCAAGUAUGAGAAGAGAAAGGAGCUCAUGAACCUAUCCAUCGAUCUCCAAGAAGAGCAGAACGCACGUAUUCAACGACGAACACGGUUCAGGUGGUACCUCACGAGACAAUUCCAAACGUCCUUCCCUGAACCCAGGCCGACAGCUGAGAGCAUCGCCGACUUGCUCCUCGAGCAGUGCUUCCUUCCAAGGCUCGUUCUUUCGCCAGCUGACGCUGAGUACACGUAUCGAUUUAUCAAGUCUCUCCAUGAAUGGAAUGCACCUGGUUUCAAACUCAUGGCUCUUUAUGAUCGACUGUUCAAUGCCAACCGCCUUCGGUCAAUUAUCUUUUCAUGCACUGUCAGAGAAGCUGACCAACUGGGCCGCUUCCUCAAACUUAUCUUGGAAGACCUCUCCCGAUGGCACAAAAAUGAUCCCAUCCCAGGAGACAGAGACAGGCAGCGUCUUGGGGCAUAUGAAAAGGAGGGCAAAGGCCAGGGUGACCAAGCCCAUCUGGGCUUCGCACUUACUGUGGAUGACAAUGGCAAGCCCGAGACCUUUGUCGAGCAUGCUGAGUUCCAGGGUCACCUAUUCCGGUGGCACAAGAACUUAAACACCGCCCUCAAGUCAUGCCUCGGGGGCACAGAGUGGAUGCAUAUUCGAAAUGCCAUCACGGUGCUAAAGUGUGUCCUUGACUUUUUCCCAGCCAUCGAUUUCAUGGCAACUCAAUUUUCGAGCCAGCUUCAGAAGAUCACCAAGCAGGAAGCGGCUUCCAAGACUGCCACUGAAGGAGAAGAGGCUCAUCGUGUCGAUUUGUCCGUCGCAGCCCAGGGUGCUUUAUCUGAGCUCCAGAAGAGGAAGCCAAAGUGGAUUAUGGUACAGGCUUUCCGGCCCAACUCGGUAAGUUCGCAACCAAAAUCCGAGUGUAACAAGCCAGAAACUAACCUAUCAAAGGUUGGCGGCGCCCAAGCAGAUGGUGAUAGAUCAAGCCUACGUCCCACAGCUACGGAGUUUAAGCCAAACACUCCCAGCGCUUCUGUUCAGCAAACGACAGCUGAGGCAGAGGAUGGUGAGGUUCAGGAUGGGAAGCCAAAGUCCCGAGUUGUCUCCUCAAGCAACAAUGAGACUGCCUCCAAUGACUCUCUGCCUCCCAAGCCAUCAGGUCCUAGCCGAGACACUUCAAGGCGAGAGGCUACACCAAGUGCACCUGCACCGCGUGCUCCAGCUCCCAAGAAUGACCCUCGUGCUAACCUGCCAAACCAUCCCCCCCCAAGCCUUCCAAGUCGCCCAGACGUGCCCAUUCCCGGUCACUACUCGGAAAGGUACAACCAAUCACGCACCCAUGAUCGCCGAGAGACCAGAGAUACCCGAGAUACCCGAGAAUCUUGGAACUCGAGAGAACCUCGUGAGAGCCGCGAUCCACGAGAUGUCCGUGAGCCUAAAGAACAUCACGACCCACGAAAUAACUGGCCAAAGGAUGUUGAGUUCCACGACCGAGGUCGUGAGCAUACCGACCGACGACAGCAUGACGGUCGUGAAUCUCAUCGCCCAGAAAUCCCGUCUCGCAAUGGCCCAGAGAGGGAUCGACCACCACGAGAAAGUCGGGGUGCGAAGAACCAGGAAGAGCCAAAGAAGGAUCCAGUGGCACCCUCAAAGACAGAUUCAUCCUCAACCUCUCAAGAGCCUGCAAUGAAUCCCGAGCGAGCUGCACUGUUCCGCCAAGAAAACAAGGAAUGGACCCCGCGUCGCCAAGAGGCGGAACAGCCAGCAAGGAAUCGAAGGCAACCUCAAGGCGAAGCAGCUCUGGAUAAUGUCAACCCAGAGCGUGCUGCAUUGAUAGGAGAUAAAGCAGACGGUACACCUAGCCGACAGCCACGGGAAGAAGGCCGGGAACGAGCGGCAAGGGGCCACUCAGACCGGCAUGCACCUCGUCAUGGCCACGAUAACCCUCCACCACCAACAGAACCAGCCCAUGAAGAGCGACCAGUACGACCGUUUCCUCAGGAUCACCGCGGCCCUUCUGGAAGAGAUCCCCGAGAUCGAUCUCCUCACCCUAGCAGUUAUCGUGGAGAACGACCACUUGACCGACCUGGCGGUGAUCGCGGAGCUAAUGAGAAGAGCAGAGACGCUUCGGGCUUUCACCGUCCCGGCUCCCGUGGCCAAGAACAUGAACACCGUGGGCCAGCUUUUGAGGAGCCCAAUUAUGGUCGUUUGAAUCCUGUUGAAGCCGUCAAUGAUGCGCCGUCGGGACCGCGCGGUCGUGGCCGGUCGGCUGCUAGAGGUGGCCAUCCGAACGCCGGACUUCCGCCAUCUCGACCGGAUAACCGAUACUCGCAUGAUACCCCUGAGAGACAUCCUCCGACAGGUCCCUCGUCGUCUGGACGUCCAAACCGCCGUGGUUAUGAUUCUCAUGGGCCCCCCCAAACACCAUCCAAUGGCUCAAUGCACAAUGAUCGCAUGAGGAACUUUAGCGCCGGUCCAGAAAUGGGAUCUCCAGCUACAGGUGUUCACCCUGAUCGACUUGCCCAGAUGGGACCAGGAAGCAACUCGCAUCCGACUCCGCCUCCUCCACCACCUCCGCCUCCAGGAGGUCCGCCACCACAUGGACGGCACUCAAUGGGCUCCAAUAUGACUCCCGAUCGAUCACGUUCUGACCAGAGAUCUUCGAACAAUAUCAACAACAACAUGAAUGUGACACCAAUGUCCGAGGGUGGAGAACGAUCCCGGGGCGGGAGCAGGAGACAGCUGGCUGGCAUCAAUAACAUGCUUCAAGCCAGCAAGCCUGAGCCAACUCGCAGCAGCAGCAGCCGAGGUAGCCGCCCACGUCAAAUGCUGGGCAACUCGGAUGUGCAGGUCCUUACGGGUGGUUCUCCUGCGGCGACCCCAACUCAGGAGCGGCCAGAUCCUGUUCGUCACGAAUCCUCUCACAAGGCUCCCACCAACGGUGACGAGGCAGCUCCAAGAGAGGAGCACGAUCGAUCUCGUCGUGACCGCGAAUCUCGCUCUGAUAGGCCUAGCAGGUCGUCUCGACGCAGCAGCCGUGAUCGGGACCAUGAGCGAAGUGCAACACGCGAUAAGGACUCCAAGGAACAUCGCGAGUACCGUGAAAGACGAUCAGGGGCAGGUCAAGAGAGCAAUAGAGAGGAACGGGAAUCUAGGAGACCAGCGCGUGUCGCCAGUGGAAAGGAUUUCAUGCCACCCCCGAGUGGUGGUCGUGAGGUGAUGGGACCAAGGGAGAGUCGGCAUCGCGGAGAUGGCUCGGCAAGCCGAGGACCACCGCGUGAAGGUGGAGGUUCACGACCAGAUGAACGAAGGGAAAGUAGCGGACGGAAAAGGCGCGGAGACGACGGGGCGGGAAGCAUGGGAAAUGAUCGUGAGAAGCGGCCCCGACGAUAA